CUAAUUAUUUUUUGAGUUUUUAUUUUUAAAAAAGGUAAAUUAUGAAGUUACAAAGUAUUUUUCAAGUCAAUUCUAAGAAGGAAUUACAUGAGUGCAGCCUGCAACUUGACGGGAGGUAGCCCACGUGUUUACCCUAGUAGAGCAGUAGGUCGUAAACUCUUUUAUCACAUGUUACACACCAGACGUUUAUGCUGCUGAUGGCACCCCAAAGGAAGAAGCCCUUCAGCGGAAAGGCGAAGAAAGAACAGCUCAAAGCUAAAAAACAGGGAAAGAGGAUGCCGAGUCUGGUGAUGAGCAGGAGCAGCGAUGAUGACGAACCGGCUGUGCAAAGGAUCAACAGACAACCGACCAAAGGGCCUGGAAAGUCCAACGUCAACAGGUUUAAUCUCCAGUUUCGGAAGGAUUCAGAGGCCGAGGUCAAAAAAGGGAAGGAAGAAGCAACAAAGUCAUUGGUGCCUGUAAAGCCUGAAGAGCUUGAAAUCGAAGCCGAAAAGUACUUUCCUCCUGAUCUGAAGUUUCCGACCAGGCCGCCAUGGGAUUUCAGCAUGUCGAAGGAGGAGCUAAACGCUAUAGAAAAUCGCCACUUUUCCGAGUAUUUAAAGAACGUCGAGGAAAAAUUCAGAGACGAAAACCUUAGCUACUUCGAACUCAAUCUUGAAACAUGGAGGCAAUUAUGGAGGGUCCUGGAGAUGUCCGACAUCCUUUUAAUCAUAGUCGAUAUCCGAUAUCCGGCUCUGAUGUUUCCACCAUAUCUAUAUGAUUAUAUCACAAAAGAACUGAACAAAAGUAUAAUCCUUGUACUCAACAAGAUAGACCUGGCCCUGCCGUCUGUCACAGUUGCGUGGAAAAACUAUUUCAAAACGAAAUAUCCAAAAAUGGAGAUCGUUACGUUUACAUCGUUUCCGUCCUACAACCUCCUGCAGUGUUCAUCGGUCAAGUCGUUAGGGCUCCAAGUCAGGAGGAGGAAGGUGAAAAUGCGCAUGGCAGCAGAGGGCGCGCAAAAACUGUAUGAGUCUUGUAAAAAUAUAAUCAAAGACGAGGUCGAUAUCUCUUCUUGGAAUGAAAAAAUUAAAGAAGAAAUGAAUUUAGAAUACGAUGAUCAAGUUGAAAUCGGAGAAACGAUCAAUUUAAAAUCUCAAGACACCAACUUUUACGAGUUCAAAAAAUUUGAAGGUGGAAUGGUAACAAUAGGUUGCAUCGGUCAGCCAAAUGUUGGUAAAUCAUCGCUUCUAAAUGCCCUCAUGGGUAAAAAGGUCGUUAGCGUUUCACGUACACCCGGUCAUACAAAGCACUUUCAGACCAUAUUUCUUACAUCAAACGUAAGGCUUUGCGAUUGCCCUGGUCUAGUCUUCCCAUCCCGAGUUCCCAAGGUACUCCAGGUGUUAAUGGGUUCUUACCCAAUAGCACAACUCAGGGAGCCUUACACAUCUAUAAAAUACCUUGCCGAGAGAAUCGACCUAGUCAAGAUGCUCAAACUAGAGCACCCUACUAAUGAUGAUGAGUGGUCAGCAAUAGAUAUUUGUGAUGGUUGGGCCCUGAAAAGAAAAUUUUAUACUGCAAGGACAGCACGUUUGGAUACGUAUCGCGCAGCGAACAACAUCCUACGUAUAACCCUCGAUGGAAGAAUUAUCCUUUGCCUUCUUCCUCCAGGUUAUGUCGCUGAGAAAGAAAAAUGGGAAAGCCAUCCUGAGGUGGAGUCGGUCGAUUGGAUCAUGGCCAGAGAACAGAACAUCGAGGAAAACUCUGACCUUUCUACCGAAGACGAAGAGUCCGAAGACGGCGAGAAAGAUUUCCGGGCCAGGAGGAUCUUCGCCGGCACGUCCAAGAGCAGGAUUGAAGAAGAGAAGGACGAUGACGGCGACGACGAAGAAGAAGAAAGCGACGAUUUUACAACAGGGAAUAAAUUUGCAGCUUUACACGACGCUUGAAACUUUCUGUUUGCUAAGUGAUAUUUCUGCCAAAUUUGUAUAUAACAGCCCUAGGGUUUUUUUUUCUUUUUAUAAAGCACGUUAAUAAUUUUUAAAUAAUAAACUAUCAUCGUGGGUUACAUUUCAGUUAUAUUGAAAUAAAAUCAUUUUACGUUUUCUUUAGUAAAAAGAACGCUCUGAUUUAUAAUACGUUUUCAUGGCUUGAUUUACAUUUGAAAAAUAUUUAUUUAUCCCAUACAUAAAGAUGGUGCUUCCUUUGUAAUUAAAAAAAAAAAAAAAAAAAAAAUGGCUAGCAUUAUUAAUAAAACAUGAGUAUCCACCUACAUUGUACAUAUUAAAUGCUUUUCCACUAUUUAAAAG